AUUAGAAAAACAAACAUAAAAAGCUCAAAUUCUUCAUCUCUUUAGAUAAGACAGAGAAGGGGAAGAAAGAAAAAUGACGAUUGCAGCGGUUAAUUGUUGCUUGUCUUCGUCAUGUUUCACUCUUCAAUCUAAGCUCAAAACACUUUCACUCAAAAGCAAUAUCAACUCUUCAACUAAUGCUUUGCAUCGAAAUCUUAGUGCUCUUAAGACUCUCAGUUUCUCCAAUAACCUCUCUCACGAUAUCUUCUCCAAAGGGAACCUGCCUUUUAGCACAAUGAAUCAGAAACCAAUUCAUCGUUUCGUUGUUGUUUGUGAGGCUGCACCAAAGAAGAGGGCCGAUUCAGCUGCUAAGAGGGCUCGACAAGCUGAGAAAAGGCGAAUUUACAACAAAGCGAAGAAAUCCGAAGUCAAAACCCGGAUGAAGAAGGUUUUGGAUGCACUGGAUGUGCUGAGGAAGAAACCGGAGGCAGAAGCCGAAGAAAUCUUCUCGAUCGAGAAACUGAUAGCGGAGGCUUAUUCGGUGAUUGAUAAAGCAGUGAAGGUGGGAACGCUGCAUAGGAACACCGGAGCUCGUAGAAAGUCGCGACUUGCUCGGAGAAAGAAGGCUGUGGAGAUUCACCAUGGGUGGUAUGCCCCUGCUGCAGCAGAAAAUGCAGCCUAGAAUAUUAUUAUCAUCAUUUUCAGAAAAUCAUUCUUUUUGUUGUUGUGCUUUGACA